AUGACUCGAGGAAAGCAGAAGAUCGAAGCUCAGAGGAAAAAUGCAGAAAGGAAUCAGAAAGCUAAGGGUUCGCAGCUGGAAGCCCGAGCUGUUGCCCUCAAAGUUACCUGCCCCAUCUGUAAGGUUCAACUAGCGAAUAGUAAUCAACUAGGGGAUCACUAUGCCUCCAAACAUCCAAAAGAGAAGCCUCCUGCUGAAUCGAGCUGA